GUUGCAGAUAAAAGCUCAAAAAGUCAUGGAGAAAACCGUGAGACUCAAAACUGUCAAUGUAUUGUGAAGCAUUAACCUAUUCUUACCUACUCUGCAUGUUUGUGUGUGACUGAGAGACAGCCGGAGAUAUUACCGGACGGUGUUCGACGGAGAAGAAUGGCCGGGUUGGUUCAAGACCGGAAUGGAGAAAAACGGAUGGACAAGCAGAUUGGUUGCAUGUCUGGUUUCCUUCAGAUCUUUGACCGCCAACAGAUUUUGGCCGGCAAACGCAUCCACUCCACCAAGCGCCUCCCUCCUUCCACCGGAUUCCCUGCAUCAUCGGAGACGGUGAAUUCCGUUAAGUCGCCGGAGUUUUCUGGAGAGGUAGGAAAGACAGAGCCACAGAAACAUGCGGUGGUGGUACCAGCAAGUCCAAACAGUUCUCAAUCAUCCGCGGCAGAGAAUGCAAAUGUCCGCUCGAUAGCAAUGCCGGAGAUAUCACAGCUGUUGGUUCCGAGAGAGGUCCGUAUCAACAAUGCAGUUGCAUCAGUCAAUGGUGCCAAUUGUAAUAGCAAGGUUGCUGAAGGCGAUGACAAGCAACGGCGAUCCCCCAGCGUCAUUGCGAGACUCAUGGGACUCGAGCCAUUGUCAUCUUCCGAUCAGAAAAGUUCACAGCCCGUUACAAAACUGACGCUACGGAGAUCUGCUUCGGAAGCUACGGAUUCAAGAGAUCUGGUUCGCUCAAAAUACAUCGACGGCAACAAUUUCCAGGUGAAACUGCCGAAUCAUUCCCAAAAGAGAACCGUAGAAACUAUUGUUAGAGAUGAAGGGAGAAAUGUAAGUAACAGAGAAUCCUCAAAUGGUAGUGCCAUGAAAUCAAUGCGAAAUGCAUCGGGAAAUCCGAAGUCUGAAUCUCCUAGAACGUCUCCAUGGAGGUCGUCUCAGCAAAAGAGAAGCUUCUUUGAUUCAGCGGAUUUUUUCCCGGAGCCAAAUCAGAUGACGGUGUCGAUGCAUGGAGAUUUCGAGAAGAAAUUGAAGAUGAGAGGGAUGGAUGAACAGUCAAAUGAUCUAGGCACAUUGAAACAAAUUCUUGAAGUUUUGCAACUUAAAGGUCUUUUGCGUUCUACCAGACCUCCAAUUAGAGACCACCAGCAAAAUUUCGUCUACGAUCGGAAUCUGCCUUCCGACGAAUCCAGCAUAAUCCUCAUGAAACCUUCGCGUUCGGCAGCCUCAAAAGUUGAUAAUCAGAGAUCUGCAAAUGAUUCUCGAGGACCGCGUAGAUAUGCUACCGAAAUUUCUCCGUCCAUUAGUCCAAAACGGGAAGGUGGAGCUGUUAAUCGGACCGGGAGGAGUCCGGUGAGAGCUAGAAACUCUUCGCCCACUCGAAUCGAGAGUAACUUAAAGAGUUGUAAUUCAAUUGUUAAAAGGAGACCAUUAAGCAUUGAAAUCCAAAGAAGAGCAAAUGACUCCUCCGAUUCACUUCGAACUACGCCAAUUAAUUCUCCCAAACUUACACCUAAAAGAAACCAUUCCUCAACUAACAGGUCUCCGAUACACCAGAAACCGAUGGAAUCAUCCUCGUUUAAUUCUCCAAAGCAACGGAUCAUCAAAAACGUAGUUACAGACGACGAAUCAUCCUCCAUUUCUGAAAGCACCUUCAGUACACCUUCAACAACCGAUACAGAGAGAUCCAAAUGGGAGGGACUCAGAGAAGGAAGAUGUUCGUUACAUAAAUGUGACAAGUUGCUACAUAGCGUAGGUAAGAUGAACAGUACCACUGAGUCAUCGCCGAUUUCAACCACAGUUCUACCGAGUCCGGUGUCGGUCCUUGACUCGGGAUUUGACAAGGACGAGUCGUCGUCUCCUUCACACAGCAUUGAUUACAAAGCAACUCCAGCCGUUGAUUUUGAAGAGGAUACAUCGCAUUCGCAUCAUCUUCAGGAAGAUUCCAAUGUCUUCUUCUCGAUCGAGAAACAGUUAUACAAUACCAAAGACACAUCGAAGGUCUCUAAACGCCAACGAAAGCUCGUGUUCGACGUAAUCGUCGAAAUCCUUGAGAAAAGUAGACAGUUUCCGCCAUGGAAGAAGGUGGUUUCCUUUACAGAUUCCGGUAUGUCUCUAAAACAGAUAUGGUCUGAAUUUCAGAAAAUCCGAGAGAUAAACACCGGCGAUGGCCUAUUGGAAUUGAUUACCGGUGUUUUAAGGAAAGAUAUCGUCGGAAUCAAUGAUUGGGAAGAUUAUCCAAUCGAGACGUCGGAAGCGAUACUGGACAUCGAACGGAUGAUCUUCAAGGAUUUGGUGAACGAAGCAAUCCGAGAUCUAACUGAAUUUUCCGGCAGAUCAAUGUUUUUGAGACCUCAAAGGAAACUAGUUUUUUAA